UCCGGUCUAGACCAGACGCCACUGUGAGAAAACACCGGAGUAAUAUGGAGGAACAAGAGCUAAACAGUGAAAUUGACGAAAGUUGUAUUUUCUGUUUGAUAGCGCACGGUAAAGACAAAGACACGGAAAUCAUUCAAAAGAAUAAGGAGCUGGUGUGUUUCCGGGAUAUUUUCCCCGCUGCUCCUCACCACUACCUGGUUAUACCCAAACAGCACAUACGAAACUGCUUUUCACUCAACGAGGGACACGUUGACCUCGUUGAACAGAUGGUUGAUAUGGGGAAGGCUGUACUACAUGACAAAGGGAUCACUGACAUGAAGAACACAAGGCUGGGGUUCCACAAACCGCCCUUCAUUUCGGUCGAUCACCUCCACCUCCACGUACUCGCUCCCACCAGCCAGAUCUGUGACUACAUGCUGUAUAAAUUCACCCCAGGGACAGCUAGCUUCAUUAAUGAGAAUGUUCUACAAGAUCGUUUCAAGAAUGUCCCUCAUUCAGGCAAGCGUGGUAUAGGUAAAUAUUUGUGGUUUUGAUGUCCCACAGCAGCUUCUGAGAUGGAUUUGGAUUGUUGUCGAGCAAUAACAAAUAUGUCAGGAUCUACAAAGGAAUAGAAGCCUUGUGUUUUUGGUUCACUCACAAUGCAUCACAGGAGGAGUCAGCACAACUAAAAAACUGCGUUAAUGCCAUGGAAGAUGAUGUUUAAAACUGAGGUUUGAAUUCUAAGACUCUUGCCAAUAAAACUGCGAAUGUUUUUGCUACAUUCAAUCUACAUUCAUGCCUUAAAUGUUUGACAAAUGAUGCAGACCUGCUAGAAAUCUAAUAAUUUAUAAAGCAUGUGACCAAUUCCCACCAUUUUAAAAUAUUUUUUAUUUGUGGUAAAACUCCACAAGUGUUCAGAUAAUCUCCUCAGUAAAAAAAAAAAAGAUGUAUUUGAAAGUUUGUUUGUUUUUUAGUUUUUUAACAAUACUUGUAUUAAUUGGUCGUAUUGUUUGACUGUGAUUUU